CCAAUUACAUAAACUCGUGAAAAUGAGUGAAAAUUCCAAUACUGGCAAACAAACGAAAUUUAUAUUCAGGCGAAAAUCCAGCCUGGGCGCCAAUAAGAAAACUAAUGCCAUUAACUAUGAACAGAUGAAGUUUUCCAAUGAUGGACCAAUGCAAGUGGCCAUGGCGGAUGGACAUUCAUUCAAGGCCAUUCCAAAUACAGACGGACAUGAUGGAAAGUUAUUGCUUAAAUUGAGUACCUCCAAGAUUUCUCUGCGUAAAAGUGGAGAACAGGAAAAGAAGGCCAAACAACUGAAGGCCGAUUCUCAAUCGGAUGCAGGGCGUCGCAAGUCGGCACCUCAGAUAUUUAAUUUUAGUAUUGCACCCAAAUUGGAAGCAUUAUUGAUGAAAGAGCCUCAGUCCAUUCCGAAGUUGCCGGGAUUCGAACCACAAAGAAACAACACCACGGUUACAACGUCCCGAUCCCGAAGCUUGGGUUUAGCUUUGGCCCUGGACGAAGCAAAGGUGAUGGACAGCAACAGCGAAGCUAGUAGCAGUAGUCUAGCUGGCGCUGAAGGUGAUGGCCUAUCCACAUCACCGGAAUCUCUUCUCGAUCAUAUACUAAGUGGUGCCUCCUCCAUGUCCGUGCAGAGUAGCAGCAAUAGCAGCCAGGCGAGUAAUGCAACUGUGGCCCAACUUAAGGAGUCUCUGCAUCCGAAGCGUUUUCUAAGCUUGAAAUCAUCUCCUGAGGUUAGGGUAUUGCCACCCACACCCGAUACCGGAUCACAGCCGAAACUAGAAGUAGCCACUCCCAGGCUAUUACUUUUACCGCCUGGUAAUCCAUCGACUAAUCCGCCCGUGUCCUCUUUAGAUUUGUAUGACUAUCAAACGGAUGCAUCUUCUCCGGCCAGAAGUCGUACGCCUUCGCCUAUUAACUCACCACAGGCUUCGCCCCUGCCAUCUCCAUCGCCCAGCAUCACUCUGCGUCCAAGUACGCCUCCAGAGUCGUUCCUUACCUCAUUUCCUGAUGAUCUCAAAUGCGCCAUCUGCAUGGAUGUCUUUACGGAACCUAGAACCCUCAAUUGUUUGCAUUCCUUUUGCCUGCAAUGCCUGGCCAAUGAGAAUUUCAAGGAAGAGAUCAUUACAUGGGUGCAAAAUCCACGUCUGGAAGAUCGAUCCAAUUACAGUUUGCGUUCCGAAAUAGGCUCGGUUUCAGGAUCAAGUGCCGAAUUGGCCACAAUUUCACCAGCUAGGCAACGGGGUUCCAGUUUCAGUUUGAGGCGCAAGAAAUCAAUGGAUCGUCUGGUAUUAAGGUCGAAAAGCGAAAGCAAACGUUCGACAGCAUCUUCGAGAAGUUUUUUGAAUGAAACACGAAGCAUACGUUGUCACAUUUGCAGUACAUCCACGGACUUACCUUUGGGCGGAGUGCGUCUAUUGCCCCAAAACUAUUUGCUAGUACGGCGCAUUGAAGCGUUACGUUUGCAGGCGGGCGAUGAUGUUAUCUCAAAAGUCUGGUGUUCCCUGUGCAGUGAUGAAAUUAGUGCCACAUAUCACUGCAUAACUUGCACUCUCAAUCUCUGCACUCUCUGCAAGGAGGCCCACGAACGUCAACGUAGUACAGCCAAUCAUCGGAUGAGAAGUAUUUUGGAACUUAGACGAGCACGUAAGCAAAAGCAGCAACAACUUGGCCUGGGCGAUAGCAGCAAAUUGGUAUUGAAAUGUGGCCUUCAUACCAGCUUCGAGAUGAAGGCCUUCUGUGUUCCAUGCAAACAAUUGGCCUGUCCAGAUUGUCUGGUCCUGCUGCACAAGGGUCAUCGUCAUGAGAAUAUACCCAGAGCUAUAGGACAUCAGGGGAAAUUAUUGCGUGAGGCAACCGAACAGACGAGACCAUUAUGUCAAUAUGCAGAGCAUUCUAUUGAGCGAUUGAAUGAAAUUGCUCGUGGCAUCAAUGGCAGAUGCGAUGAUAUCCAGACCCAAGUGGAUCGUUAUAUGCAGGGUUAUUUCGAGGCACUUGAGUCACAUCGUCGUACCUUAAUCCAACAGAUAAACCGAGCCAGAGAGUCCAAAGUGGAGAUUAUUCUAAAGCAACAAUUGGAUCUGGAAAAACGUACUCAACAAGCACUAGAAGCUGUUCGCUUUAGUCAGGAACUCCUAGAAGUUGGAGCCGAUGUGGAAAUUCUCAGUUUUGUUUCCAUAUUAAUGAAACGUUUGGAAUUUUGUCAGCAAUUUAAGCCACCAGUUGAUCCCAAGAUUUCCGAUUCUCUGCAUUUUUUGCCAAAGAUACGAGCUCCAGGCACCAAGGAUCAACAUGAUAUACCACUUUAUGGCAUCAUUACCAUGCAAGUUGUUGAACCUUCACUUUGUACACUGCAAUGGGAAGGCUUCUCUCAGCUUCGCUUGCAUAAGAAAGCGGAUCUUCUAUUGCAUUCCCGGGAUGCCGAUGGUGUUUCACUCUGUCAUGGUGGUUUGGAGAUCAAUUGUAUGAUUAAAUAUAAGGAUUCGAAUAACAAAUUUCUACCCAUUGAUGUUUCCGAUCAUCGUGAUGGCACAUAUAGCAUCACCUUCAUACCAGAUGCCCAAGGAUCUCUCAUUUUAACAAUUACAAUCAAUGAGCGUCCCAUCCGAGGAAGUCCAUUCACCUUCCAGGCAAGACAAGUACGUCCACAUGCUGGUAUAUAUCAUUGUUGUUCCUUUUGCUCGGGUAAGGGUAAAUGUUCCUGCGAGGGUCGUAUGCCAGGUCAUAAUGGUUGUGGCCAUGGGCAUACAGGACAUCCAGGACGUCGUCAUUGGUCGUGUUGUGGCAACGUGUUGGAAAACUCGGAAUGCACAGUGGCUAACAAACUAUUAAAUGCAUAAUAUUAUGUUAUUAUAAUAAUUAACGUAAGGUUUAAACUUAUCAUUAACAAAAAUCAUUGAUUUUAAAUAAAUUGAAUAUAGAUUAUGGCUAAAAAAAAUACGUUUUAUAAC